UCCCGCAGGACGGAACCCGCGACGGUCUGCAUGCCACCACCGGUGGAACCCCGACCAUGACUUCAGGCUGACCUGUACUUCGAUCAGGAUGAACCGUGGCUCGAGGGAGGAGCUCCUGGGCAGCUCCCAGGAAGCCCUCCGGAACAGCCAGCAUGACCUGAGGACCUUCAACGAGCGCGCCCUCACCAGAGAAGAGAAGACGUACCUCCUCCAUGCUGAUAGAGGAGACUACGCCACUGUCAAGAGGUUAAUAGAACAGUACUCCAACAACACAGAUGUCCUGGACAUCAACUGUGUGGACCCCCUCAACCGGUCGGCGCUCAUCGCCGCCAUAGAGAAUGAGAACAUCGAACUCAUCAAACUGCUGCUGGACUCUGGAAUUAUGGUCAAGGAUGCCCUACUCCAUGCAAUCAAGGAAGAAUACGUAGAGGCAGUGGAGUUACUCCUGCAGUGGGAGGAAGACCACCAUGUACCCGGUGAUCCUUACAGCUGGGAGUCAGUAGACCCUUCAGCGGCCACCUUCACGCCAGACAUCACGCCUCUCAUCCUGGCUGCCCACAGGAACCACUACGAGAUCCUCAAGAUACUCCUGGACAGGGGAGCGACUCUACCCAUCCCCCACGACGUCAAAUGCGGCUGCGACGAGUGCGUCAAGUCCUCCCAAGAGGACUCGCUGCGGCACUCCCAAGCUCGUAUCAAUGCGUACCGUGCGCUCACCUCCCCCUCGCUCAUCGCGCUGUCCUCAGCCGACCCGCUGCUGACGGCCUUCCAGCUGUCCUGGGAGCUAAACCGGCUGAGCAGGAUGGAGACGGAGUUCCGGGUUGAGUACAAGGCACUGCGGCAGCAAUGCCAGGAGUUCGCCACCUCCCUCCUGGACCACACGAGGACGUCCAACGAGCUGGAGAUCAUGCUCAACUACAACCCCUGGGACACGGACAGCUGGGAGCCAGGGGAGAGACAAACCCUGGGCAGGCUCAAACUGGCCAUCAAGUACAAGCAGAAAAUGUUCGUAGCUCAUCCGAAUGUACAACAGUUGCUGGGUGCGAUUUGGUAUGAAGGCUUACCAGGAUUCAAGAGAAAAAACAUCGUCGGGCAAUGUGUUCAGGUAGCGAAACUUGGCGUGAUGUUUCCCGUGUACUGCACGAUCUACAUGUUAGCGCCGAACUCUGAGUACGGCCGCUUCAUGAAGAAGCCCUUCGUCAAGUUCAUCUGCCACAGCUCCUCCUACAUGCUGUUUCUAAUGCUGCUCUCCCUCGCGUCACAACGGGCAGAGUACCUGGUCCUGGAAUGGUCCGGGAUCCGCUGGCUCCAGGAACUGGUGGAGCAUUGGAAGGAGCACGAGCGAGGGUCUCUACCAGGCCUGAUUGAGUUCACCGUCAUCAUCUACAUAGCAAGUCUCAUCUGGGCCGAGAUUCGCUCGCUCUGGACAGGAGGGCUGAUGGAGUACAUCAGCGACCUCUGGAAUAUCGUGGACUUCAUUACCAACAUGUUUUACAUCGCCUGGAUUAGCUUGCGGGUUGCUUCGUGGUAUAUCGUGCAGCGUGACUACAAAAGCGGCAUGGACCCAUGGUACCCCCGUGAACGCUGGGACUCCUACGACCCCAUGCUGCUCUCCGAAGGUGCUUUCGCUGCUGGCAUGAUAUUCUCCUUCCUCAAACUGGUGCACAUCUUCUCCAUCAACCCGUACCUUGGGCCGCUGCAGGUGUCCCUUGGAAGAAUGAUCCUGGACAUCAUCAAGUUCUUCUUCGUUUAUAUGCUGGUGCUGUUCGCGUUUGGGUGUGGCCUGAACCAGCUGAUGUGGUACUACGCGGAGCUGGAGAAGAACAAAUGCUACCACAACCCGAAUGGUAUGCCGGACUUCGACACGCAAGAACGUGCCUGCACUAUUUGGAGAAGAUACGCCAACCUAUUCGAGACCUCCCAGUCCCUCUUCUGGGCGUCGUUCGGGCUGGUCGACCUGACGACCUUCGAGCUAACCGGCAUCAAGAGCUUCACGCGCUUCUGGGCGCUGCUGACCUUCGGCUCGUACUCCGUCAUCAACAUCAUCGUGCUCCUGAACAUGCUCAUCGCUAUGAUGUCCAACUCUUAUCAGAUCAUUUCUGAACGUUCGGACAUGGAAUGGAAAUUCGCCCGCAGCAACCUCUGGAUGUCGUACUUCGAGGAUGGUGACACAGUUCCCCCACCCUUCAACAUCAUCCCCACCCCCAAGCAUCUCGUGUGCUGGAUCAAGCACUGCUGCGGGAAUAGGGAACGAGGGUCUAUAAUAAACAAAUCCCGAGAAAAAGCCAGGCAACAGCACGAGGCAGUCAUGAGAGUACUAGUCAGGAGAUACGUCACCGCGGAACAGAGGGCACGUGACGAGGUCGGAGUGACGGAGGAUGACGUCAUGGAGAUCAGACAGGACAUCUCAACGCUGCGCUUCGAGCUGAUAGACAUCCUCCAUAACAAUGGGAUGAAGACGCCAAGGCUGAAGAUGCAGGAUUCCACUGUCGCUGGCAAGAAAGGCAAGGUGAUGGAGAGGAGGAUCCUCAAGGACUUCCAGAUCGGCAUCGUGGAGGGCAUCAUCAAGGACGUCAUCUCCAAGGAGAGCAAGCCCAAGGACGUGUUCAGCCAGAUCGCCAAAGCUAUAGUCAGGAGAGGCAGCACUGACAGCAAAAAACGCGACUGGAACGCAAUGGUGCGCACGAACACCGUCCGACGCGACCCUAUCGGAAGAACCUCUGAAGCGGAGGUCAGACGCAGCCGCCAGUCCCUCCGGGCACACAUCUUAGAGAACGUCAGCGCGAGGACCAUCGACCCUCAGAAGCUGCUCGAAUACAACCCGAAGCUCUCAGACGUGACACCAUGCACCAGGGUGGCAUACGCCAAGUUCAUGCGCACCAAGAUCAAGUCGGAUUUCGCGCUGCGCGAGGAGCAGAAGCAGAAGGGCUCCGUCGAGGAGUUCAGCCUGGAGGACGAGGUCUUUGAGACCCCCAAGAGGGUUGACUCGAAGAGGCAGAGCAAGAAUAUACGUAAAUCAUUCCGUACCAGAACUCCAAUUCCAGAAACAUCUGACGACGAGGUAUUGAAAGAACAUGAAAUGACUGUAGAAGCUGAUAUCGAGUCUAAAGAUUCCGAAGGAUGCUCCGAAAUAACCAGACCACUCAAAUCUUCCUCUCAAGAACCUUCAGAGCCCAGGACACCAGAGUUCGACCCCAUCAGCGACAGACGUCUAACGCCCCCAGCGCAAUUCGACACCAAACACCACAUCAUCCAGAUAGAAGAGCCAGAAUCUCCCACCAGGACUCUCUGCAUGACCCAAGAUGAAGAUACCAAACUUCAAAAACCUAUAACUCCAACGCCUAGUAUUAAAUCCGAACAGAUCCUCUCAGCGUCUGCUUUAGACUCUCAGUACAAGCAAAUGAUGACUCCUCCACCAGUCAUAAUGACCCCACCACCUCCCGAAAGUCCAGCCCCACCAAUCCCCAUCCAGCAAGCCAUAUCCAGGCCAGCAUCUAGGUCCACCCUAUCUAAGUCUCCAAUGCCAGAAUCUAGGUCACCUAUCCCAGAAUCACGGUCUCCGAUCCCAGAAUCAAAGUCACCUCAGCCAGAAUCGAGUUCUCGGCAAGAAUCCAGAUCUAGAUCUCCCCGACCAGAGACCUCGACAACUAGACCUAUGUCUUCGUUGGGGUCUUCCAGGGUGUCCCCUAGUCCGUCGCCUACGCCGUCCAUGGCUAUCAGUGAUAAGGGGAAGUCAAAAGUCACUGGCAAAAUGGUUUCUGGGUGGCUUUAGAUUGUGUUUAAAUUAGUGGUAUCAGUCAGUUUGAUGAAAAGGAAAAAAUAUCUGCGUUCAUUGUUUUAAGUAGGACUAGUAGUAGUCAUUGAAAGACCAUAAGUUACUUUUGAAAGCCAUAAUGUUUAGUGAAGAUUCCAAAAGAGUAUGAGAUGGUAAGGGGUUUGAAAUACUUAGUGAUAGACAUACAGCCAAUAAUGUGAUAGUAAGAACCAAUAUCAUAAUCAUCGAUGAAGGUGUUUUUAUCGAUACCACUAAUAAAUAAUGAAAACCAACUUUUGACUCUGUUGGGU